AUGUCGUUUGGUGUCGGUAUCGGCGAUAUACUUUUAGUCACCAAAAUUGGGUUCACCUUAUGGGUAAACCUUAAAGGAGCCCAAGAAGAACGCGAGGACCUAACAGCGAAACUAAUGCAAUGGAAAGAUAAGUUGGAAAUCAUUGAGCCUAUGCUUGCUGACGCGGUGAAGCUAGAACCGCGCACUGUUAAACUUGCCAGGGAACAACUUACAGAGGCUUUAGGAAUUCUAGAGAAUCUCGAGCACCUAAACCGAAAGCUUGUGAAGGGAAAGAUAUUACGACAAGCGGCGUGGGAAGUACGGGGAAGGGCAACGUUUCUGGAAUAUCAAACAAAGCUCGAAAAAAAGCUCGAAAUGCUAGAUAUGCUCUUCCUUAGUGGCUCGAUGAAAAUGGUCAUAGACGGAGUCCAAGAAACCAAUAUCGUCUUGAAACGAGUCGAAAACGGGAUGAGAUAUCUCGGCUUCUCGACCCCAGAUAAUGCGCCAAUUAUAUUUAUUGACGCGUUAGGCUACGAACGUCCGUUACCAUACGACUUGUGCCUAAAAUAUGAGGAUUUCCGGACUAUAGUCUCGAUGUGUUUCAAAGAAUCUGCGGGAAAGUCCUUUGUUGAACGGGGGGAAUACGACAUCACCAAUGAAGAGAGCGGCGCGCUCCUGAGACCAGAAGAUUGGACCGUCAUGGCCGGCAUGAAGCUUUCAAUGGCGAUAAUCAUACGCAAGAAUGUAAAGAAAGGAGAAAGAGAUCACAGGUGCCCGGCUUGCGGUACACAAUACACCGGGCCUGUUGGUACUGGCUACCACCUAGAGCGCGUGAACUGCAAGUAUUGUAAACGGUGGUUCCAAAUAACCUCACAAAUCAAAGUUGUGGAAAUUGAUACUGUCGAUGACACCGAGGAACAAAACGAUUUGGGUUCGGAUAGUGGCAAGCCUUCAAAGGAUGACGACCUGAUGCAUAUACAACGGUUCCAUAUCCGUGUAAACGAGAUUAACAGGCCCAGAUCGUUGGAGGACGAAGAAGACCAAGAAGUCGGGAAUGGUCGGGGUGCUCCGCAAGCAAUUUCAAGCCUUCCAAGGCCAGAACCCAAUCACCCAACAAAGAUCAAUCCAGCUAUAUGCCCAGAAUUUGGCUGCACAUGCGGACUCCACACUGCCGAAGACUUCGAUGAUGCGCUGACCGCAUCAGCGAGGGGUGAGUAUCUGAGGACUAAGCACAACGGUGUGACUAAUAAUGGUGGAUCAAAUUGGACUAAAUUGGUAGGCUGCAUAUCGCGCGGUGAUGGUUUUGGUUGUGUUGUGGGAUCGAUGCUGGCACGAUCGGAUGGUGGGAUGGUGGGACGGUGGGACGGUGGUACAAACGGAUACGGUGUCUUUCAAUCAAACUUUCUCUAA